GCCCCGGCUGGAGAACAGUGAGGACCGGGGCAAGCUGCACUUUUGGGUCCAGGUUAAUUUUAGUCUCCGGGCUCUCUCUACUCCCUUCCCCUUCUCCUCCCCCUCUCCUCAGCACGCGCCUGCACUGCCCGGCCGGCGAUUUUAAAUCGGCCCCCCGACCUUUCCGCCGAGGUGUCCGGUUUCAGGGCUUCCUUCGGGAAGUGCUCGCGGAGGAGGGUGGAGAGAGAACAGAGCGAGGUCAACACUGGACAUAUGAGGGUGAGCGCAGAACCCAAGGCCUUCCGCUCCCCCUUCCACACUGGGACCUCUUCACCUGCCGGGAAGACUGCUGUCGAGUGCCCACAUGGUCAAGACCACUGGCCAGCCUCUUACCCUGAGUGUGGAAGCAAUGCCCAAUCCCCCAUCAAUAUCCAGACAGACAGUGUGACUUUUGACCCUGAGUUGCCCGCUCUGCAGCCCCAUGGAUAUGACCAGCCUAGCACUGAGCCUUUGGACCUGCACAACAAUGGCCACACAGUGCAACUCUCUCUGCCCCCUACCAUGUAUCUGGAGGGACUUCCUCGAAAAUAUGUAGCUGCCCAGCUCCACCUGCACUGGGGUGAGACAGGGUCCCUGGGCGGAUCAGAGCACCAGAUCAACAGUGAAGCCACAGCUGCGGAGCUCCACAUUGUACAUUAUGAUUCUGAUUCCUAUGACAGCUUGAGUGAGGCCGCUCCAAAGCCUCAGGGCCUGGCUGUCUUGGGCAUCCUCAUUGAGGUGGGUGAGACCAAGAAUCCAGUUUAUGAACACAUCCUGAGUCACUUGCAUGAAAUUAGGCAUAAAGAUCAGAAGACUUCAGUGCCUCCCUUCAACGUGGGAGAGCUGCUCCCCCCACAGCUGGACCAGUUCUUCCGCUACAAUGGCUCGCUCACCACACCCCCCUGCUACCAGAGUGUGCUCUGGACAGUCUUCCGUCGAAGGGCUCAGAUUUCGAUGGGACAGCUGGAAGAGCUUCAGGAGACGUUGUUCUCCACAGAAGAGGAGCCCUCUAAGCUCCUGGUACGGAACUACCGAGCCCCCCAGCCUCUCAAUCAGCGAACAGUCUUUGCUUCUUUCAUCCAAGCGAGGGCCUCGUAUACUACAGGUGAAAUGCUGAGUUUAGGAGUGGGGAUCUUGGUUGGCUGUCUUUGUCUUCUACUGGCUGUUUAUUUCAUCGCUAGGAAGAUUCGGAAGAAGAGGCUAGGAAACCGGAAAAGCGUGGUCUUCACCUCAGCACGAGCCACAGAGGCAUAGACUCCCUCACCGACAUCAUGGAUGCCUUCCCCUCAUGCCAAUCAGGGAGCUUCUAAAAUGAGCUGCAGGGACUGGCCAGAAAAUACUGUAGGAGUAGUGGGCAGACACCCCUCCUUCCUCCAGACAGCCCCUACAGAGAGGCACGGACAGGCUCUUGUUCGUGGAAUAAGAGCAGAUAGCCUUCGACCUCUCAAAACCUAUAGAUCAGGACAACCCUAUGUUGACAAUGCAGACAGCAAACUGUGUUUAGUUGUAGGGGAAGUUGGGGAUGUAACCCCCAAAGUCCUCCACCCCCUUACCUUUAUGUCCUUUUCCCUAGAUAUAGGGCAGGACCUCCCCUUAGGAAAAAGACUUGUUGCUGUUGGGGUUAUAUUUUUUUGCUCAAUAUACCUGGAAAUUAAAGUUUCUAAUCCCACCUCUGGUCUUCCUUUGGGGCUUUUGAGAGUGGGGGAGUUCCUUAAUCUCUCAGGAGGCAGAGGUGGGCAAAGGACAGGGGGAAAGAAGCAUGGGUGAAUAACUCUUUUUACCUCAGUCCUGCAAGGGGAGAUCCGCCUCUGGAAAAUACUUAACCCAAAGUUCCUGACAUGUGAGACCAUGAGCCCAGAUUUCUGUCCUUGUACCAAAGCUAUGCUGAAGGGGAUCAGAGGUUGCCAGAUAAGGAGGUUGGAUAAGAGAUGUGGGAGGACAGAAAUCUCGAUUAAUAUGUUAUCCCCUCCCUUAAAAGCCAAGUUCCCCCACAAUUAUAAAGUUCUUUUUAUUAGUCAAAAUCACAAUCACCUUGAUUAAAAGGAUGGAACAUGCCAUCCUCAGCAGAAAAUGAUACAGUUUAUAGAAAACCUCCCCACCCACCCCCCCACACCCCAAUUAAAAACUAGAAAAAAAUCUGCCCUCCUUCCCUGUGAUGUCAUGGUAGUCUGACUUCUCCAGUGGCAUUGCAGCUCUGGAGUGGGCCAGCUCACCGCAGCACCCUCCACUUCACCUUGGGGAGGGGAGGGAUGCUGGUGGUCAAGGAGGUUAAAACAUUAGUUCCAGUAAUACCAGUUUCCCAAACAUGCACUUCCUUCCUUUCCCCCAAGGCCUGGGACAAAGGGGAAAGGUGGACAGAUAUAAGCCCCACCAUGAGGAGCAAUUUGAGGAAGGAAAAUAUAGUUCAAGGAGGUUAGAAGAAUUCCAACGCACCUCUUCCCUCCCCCAUUCAAAAAAAGAAAAAAAGGAAGAAAGAAAAAGAAAGAAAGAAAGAAAGAAAGAAAGAAAGAAAGAAAGAAAGAAAGAAA